AAGGUACACUUUCGAUUUUGGUCUAGUCUUGUCAUGAAUACGUUAACAACCUUCUGCAAUGCCAUGCUUUGUGUGAAUCGUGUGAUUCGAUACGAGUAAAACUAUCACAAAGUAAAAAUACACAAGAUCCGGGCUUCAUCAACCACCAUGUCUGACAAAGUCAACCAUGUUUUCAAGAAAUAUCUUCACCAGCUUCAGCACCAUCCCCUCAGAACCAAGGCAAUUACCGCAGCAGUUUUGGCUGGUUUUAGUGAUGCAGUUGCACAGAAGAUAUCUGGGGCCAAGAAACUUCAGUUCAGAAGGCUGCUUCUUUUCAUGCUCUAUGGUUUUGCCUACUCGGGACCCUUUGGACAUUUUCUCCACAAAUUGAUGGAUAAAAUUUUUAAGGGGCAGAAAGGCAAUGACACCGUUGCUAAGAAGGUGAUCCUUGAACAGAUAACCAGUUCCCCAUGGAACAACUUCUUUUUCAUGAUGUACUAUGGCUUGGUUAUAGAAGGAAGACCUUGGAGUACAGUCACAAACAAAGUUAAAAAGGAUUAUCCUUCUGUUCAAUUGACUGCAUGGAAGUUUUGGCCGGUAGUUGGUUGGGUGAAUUACCAGUAUAUGCCUUUGCAGCUCCGUGUUGUAUUUCACAGCUUUGUUGCUGCUUGCUGGGGAAUCUUUCUGAAUCUGAAAGCAAGGUCUGUUGCAAUUAAGAAUGCGUAGGACAAAUUUCAUACUUUUGGGUAAUUUUCUGCCUGCUUCCAAUGUAAAGUGGGAUGAAAAAUCUACCAUGGGAGCAUUCACGGAAGUUUGUUUGCCACAUUAGACUAUUCUUUUUAAUUUCCGUUGGCUGUCAUCACAGUUGAGUUGAGCUUUCAGUCGCACUAUUGAUAAAUGUGAUGUUACUUCUUAUCGACAUCAAUUAUAAUCAUAUGAUUUUAAAAAACCA